GACUUGAACUGGUGGUCGUAUGAGAUACCAGCAUCAUAGACAACGUGCGGCCUAACCGGUUGUGUACCAUGUUGGCUGCCUGUUAGGUCUCUAUAAUUAGAAAAUUACUAAGUUUUGUUUGAAAGGAAUUCAGAGGUACUGAGAAGUAAAGCUGUGAUCUAAUAGGAUAUUGGAAAUGGGAAGAUUUUCAUGUGUGAAUCAGCAGCUGUGUUGAGAGUGUGCUGGCGGCCACACUGAGCCGACGCCUUCAGGGUGUUGGAACACAAACUUGCAUUUAUUUCCACGUGGUUCUUUUGCUCCAGGUGCGGUUCCUCUCGAGCUGAGCUCCCAUGGAAGGGCUGCUAGCAAGAUGCAGAGCAUUGGCCGUGCUCGCUGCCGGCAGCCGCCAGUUACAGGGACGUGUUCCCUGCAGGUCUCACCACAGCGCCUCAGGGAAGGGACAGCGCUUGCUCCUUUCUCGCAUCUUCCAGGCACAGAACCUGCGCGAAGACCAGGUGCUCUCCCAGGAGGGCAAAUCUGGCGAGCUGACUUGUAAGAGCCAACGGCUGAUGCUGCAGGUGGGCCUGAUUGCCCCAGCCAGCCCUGGCUGUUACCACCUCCUGCCGUACACCGUCCGUGCCCUGGAGAAGCUUGUGCGAGUGAUAGACCAGGAGAUGCAGGCCGUUGGGGGACAGAAGGUCGACCUGCCCAGCCUCAGCCCGGCGGAGCUCUGGCGAGCCACCCAGCGGUGGGAUUUGAUGGACAAAGAGCUGCUACGACUUAGAGACAGACACGGCAAGGAGUACUGCCUCGGGCCCACUCAUGAGGAAGUCAUCACAGCCCUGGUUGCCUCCCAGAAGAAUCUGUCCUACAAGCAGCUUCCAUUCCUGCUGUACCAGGUGACAAGGAAGUUUCGGGAUGAGCCCAGGCCCCGCUUUGGGCUUCUGCGGGGCCGGGAGUUCUACAUGAAGGAUUUGUACACCUUUGACUCGUCUGCGGAGGCCGCGCAGCACACCUAUGGCCUAGUGUGUGAUGCCUACCACAGCCUCUUCCACAGGCUGGGGCUGAGGGUCGUGCAGGCCCAGGCGGACGUAGGCAGUAUCGGGGGCACGAUGUCACAUGAGUUCCAGCUGCCAGUGGACAUCGGGGAGGACCGGCUGGCGGUCUGUCCCAGCUGCAGCUUUGCGGCCAACACAGAAACACUGGACUCCUCCCAGACAAACUGCCCCAAGUGCCAGGGCCCACUAACCAAAACCAAGGGCAUUGAGGUGGGGCACACAUUUUACCUGGGUACCAAGUAUUCCUCCAUUUUCCAAGCCCAGUUCACCAAUGCUGAGGGCAAGCCAUGCCUGGCUGAAAUGGGGUGCUACGGCCUGGGUGUGACCAGGAUCUUGGCUGCUGCCAUUGAAGCUCUAGCUACAGAAGACAGUGUACGCUGGCCCAGUCUGCUGGCCCCGUACCAAGUGUGCCUCAUCCCACCUAAGAAGGGCAGCAAGGAGGCAGCAGCUGCGGAGCUCACAGGGCACCUGUAUAAUCGCAUUGUGGAGGCAGUGCCCCAGCUCCGCGGUGAGGUCGUGCUGGACGACCGGACCCACCUGACCAUCGGAAAUAGGCUGAAGGAUGCCAACAAGCUGGGCUACCCCUUUGUGGUGAUUGCUGGCAGGCGGGCCUUGGAGGAGCCUGCCCACUUGGAGGUUUGGUGCCAGAAUACUGGGGAGUCGUUCUUCCUCUCUGAGGAGGGAGUCUUGGACUUACUGGCCCAAGUGCAGGUUGUCUAGCCACCCACCAUGCAGCCCUGACUGCAUCACAGCACUGCAUGCUCGCGCACUCCUUGCCUAGGCUGAUCUCUCCAG